GGAGGAACCUGCUGCUGUAGUGGGAGGAGCAAAGGGUUCCGGUAUGAAUUAACAGGUAUAUGUUAGGGGUUGUUUAUUUGAAAAAUCGUGUUUCAACGAUCACUUAUUUAUUUUGCUUGCCGUGGGCAUCAUUGAUACUAAAAAUACACAGCAGACUAGAAGGAUAACGAUGUUGCAGCGCCCAGGUUUAGUCCAGGUCAAGGUAGUCCCCAUGAAAUGAAGAUGAAAACUCUCUUAUUCAAAGCAGCUCAUUGUCUGUGCUAGUCGGUCAUCUGAAAACUGGUAGCUCAUAAUUCAAGCCAUCAAAAUGGCAAGCAGGUUGACUAAUGCCAUGGCCCGCUUCUGCCACAAGCUUAAUAGACUUAAAACUUUAGAACAGGACAUGAUGGAAACCUCACUGAAGAGAUGUCUUAACACUGCAGACUUGACAUUGCUGGGCAUUGGCGGCAUGGUGGGCUCUGGACUGUAUGUUCUUACUGGCACUGUAGCCAAAGAUAUUGCUGGUCCUGCUGUUGUAAUCUCUUUCUUAAUUGCUGGAUUUGCUUCCUUACUUGCUGCACUUUGCUAUGCUGAAUUUGGUGCUCGUGUACCAAAGACUGGCUCUGCUUAUAUGUUUACUUAUGUAUCCAUAGGUGAAAUAUGGGCCUUUUUAAUUGGCUGGAAUGUCGUUCUGGAAUAUAUGAUUGGUGGAGCUGCAGUGGCAAGAGCUUGGAGUGGUUAUCUAGAUUCAAUAUUUAAUCAUAAAAUAAGGAACUUCACUGAGCUGCAUAUUGGUACUUGGAAUGCACCCUUUUUGGCCCACAACCCAGAUUUCCUAGCUGCUGGAAUAUUACUGGUUGCAACUGCUUUUAUCUCAUGUGGUGCUAGGGUAUCAUCCUGGUUAAAUCAUCUGUUUGCAGGCAUUAGCAUGGCCAUUAUUCUUUUUAUUUUGAUUUUUGGAUUCAUUCUUGCAGACCCAAAGAACUGGAGUGCAAGUGAAGGUGGUUUUGCACCAAAAGGAUUUUCAGGUAUCAUGGCAGGCACUGCCACCUGUUUCUAUGCAUUUGUGGGCUUUGAUGUUAUUGCAGCUUCCAGUGAGGAGGCUAAGAAUCCACAAAAAUCUGUUCCUAUAGCCACAGCCAUUUCACUAGCACUGGCAACGGCAGCAUACAUUUUGGUUUCAACAGUGCUGACGUUAAUGGUUCCAUGGCACAGCUUAAACCCAGAUUCUGCACUUGCUGAUGCCUUUUAUCGACGUGGGUACUCCUGGGCAGGAUUCCUGGUGGCUGCUGGGUCUAUCUGUGCUAUGAAUACAGUUCUUCUGAGCAAUCUCUUCUCCUUACCGAGGAUCAUCUAUGCCAUGGCUGAAGAUGGCCUUUUCUUCAAAAUAUUUGCAAAAGUCAGCUCUGUCACCAAGGUGCCUGUGGUUGCCAUUAUAGUGUUUGGGAUUCUGAUGGCCAUCUUAGCUCUGGUGUUCGACUUAGAAGCGCUGGUUCAGUUCUUGUCAAUUGGCACAUUACUGGCCUACACAUUUGUAGCUGCAAGUGUUAUCAUGCUGCGUUAUCAAGGAGAAAAAGAUUCUUCUGCACAGGCAAGCCCACAGCCAGAAGGUGACACUGGACAGCUUAGAGAGUAUGAAUCAUUUUCAGACAAGCUUCAGUUGGUUCAAAUGCAGAAGAAAACCAAAGAGUACAGGGAGCCUGGUAUGUUAAAACCUGCCUUUCAGCCCUAUCUGAAGAUUCUGAGUGACUUUGGACCAGGAGAGGUUGUAACAAUUGCUGUGGUUACAAUGACGGUUUCUGGCUUAUGUAUAUGCUCCAUUGUCGUGUUUGGUGGUAAUCGGUUGCAGCUGCCUCUCUGGAGUUUUGUCCUCCUUGUAAUUCUGUUUUGCAUAAUUUUUCUUCUGAGUCUUGUCUUAAUUUGGCUGCAUGAGCAGAACAGAAGUGUAAAGUCUUUUCAGGUUCCCUUAGUGCCGUUAGUUCCAGCUCUCAGUAUCUUGGUGAAUAUUUACCUUAUGCUUCAACUUAAAUAUCUCACGUGGAUACGAUUCGCUGUCUGGAUUGCUUUAGGUCUUCUUAUCUACUUUGGCUAUGGAAUAUGGCACAGCAAGGAAAAUUUACAGGAUCCAAAUUGCCAGAAUGUUGUAGCUCGUUAUGUGGUCUUCCCAAGUGGCAGUCUGAUCGAGACAGUGCAGGCUAUUCAACCAGGUGCCCAGGAUGCAAUGGGAAUGGCCGAGGAGGUUAAUGAGGACCCUAUUAAGAGAUGACACUAUAAUCCUAAUGUAUUUUGUUCCAGAUUCAAACCUGCCUUUCAGAUGGUCACUGACAGUCUCCCUGAGAAAUCUUUUGAAAGACAGCAUCACUUUCUAACUAACCUCUCUUUGCCUAAAUUUGGUGUGCUGUUUAAGUGCAAGGAAGAAUCCUUGAGGCUAAAUUUUCUCUUUCACAGUUCUUUGUAUGGUGAGCAGUUAUAUUAUUAGAAGCAUCACUAUAAGCAUAUGACAGCAGUAAUAAUACUGGAGUAGUGAUCCCACUACACAAAUAUUGUUAAGCAUUUGAUACAUCUGGGCAGGCACAACAAAGGGAUCAUAUAUGUUAGAGUGUCUUUCCAAAAAAUAAAAGAUUCUAUAAUAUAAUGUAUUUUCUUUCUGCAGUAUUGUUCAUUUGGUGAAAUUCUCAAAGCACUUUAUGAAACACUGAGUAGGAGUAAGCAGAGAGGAUAACGUCUUCAUUAAGUGUGAUGGUUUAUAAGUCUAAAAAUAUUCACCAUUAGCUGUGGACAGAAGGUUGCAGGUUGGGUAUGCUAGUAACAGCUGGAAUAAUAAUAUAAACUGGCAUAAAAUGGCAGAACAAUUUCUUGCCCUUAAAUUUCAGCUGAUGAAUGUCACCCUGUGGUAGUGCUGUACCUGUGCCUCACAGUAUGAAUUAUGGACACACAUCCUGUAUUCCCAGUGUACAAAAUGAUCCCAUAACCUUUACAUCCGAAAAAUAUUGCAGGAUACAUUCAUAUCAGUUAUCUUAUGCAUCUUUGGUCAGUAUAUGUAGCCCACCUCUGACUUACAGAAGUGGAAAGAACUCUAUCAGGCUUUAAUUUAUGCAAUCACAUUAUUAUUAAAUCAGAUGGUACCAGUCAUAUAAAUUAGAUCUGUUAUGACAGAGCUGUACCUUGGUCAUCUGGGUUUCUGGGCAGUUACCCAGACUAGUGACCUCCAGCCCAAAAUUUAGGCCCAAAAAACAGAAGUUCUCUUAACUGUAAGAGUAAACAGCUCUCAAGCUGUACUAAGCUCCCUGAAUUACAGUAUCAGCAUUCAUUAAAAAACAACGAUCAUCUUUCAUGGCUUCUUAUGUAAAUGCCAGUGCUGCACUUGCGCACUGUUGGCUACUGCUAGUACGCCCCCUGAUAAUUUUCUUGCAGGGUAGCUGCUCAGCCCUGCCCUAGUUACAGCUCUGUGUUAUGGUGCUGCUUCUUGUAUUACUGUUUACUGAACUGUCCUCGGACACUGUGUUCUCAUAUGAGCGUCAUUAUAUCUUUGCAUUUUCCCAUUCAUUACUACCACAGUUUGACUGCAACCAACAACUGAUUAUCAACUGAUUAUGGUCUACUUCUACAAAAAUGAAAUGGCCCACCUAGUUUAAAAAGUUGAUGGUAUGAUGCUUACAAUAGCAGAAUGCCCAUAACUGCAAAUGUAUAUAUUGUACAUAAAGUAGAUAUGUGCCUCAUAAUAUUGUUAUAAAGAAAUUUGGAAGCCAUAAUGGUAAGAUAGUCUUGAUAAAUCAAUAUUUUCACUAAAGUCCAAAUAUUGUAACAUCUUGCAUGUAUCUGCAUCCUUAUAUCUGUCACUGAUUAAAUAGUUGAGGCCAUGUAUUUA